UCGCCGACGACAACGAUGAUGAAUCCCACCACAGCCACCGUCCUGCUGGGGCUGGCUAUAACAGUGCUCUGUUUGGUUCAUGUGAUAGAUUGUGGCGUAAUGGAUAGGGAACCACGUGCCUACAAGCAGUACAACACCGAACCAUCGCCGGAGAAGCGACCGUUUUGCAACGCAUUCACCGGAUGUGGCAAGAAGCGUUCCAGCGUGGUGCCCGUGACGCCGGUUAACAUGAUACACAGACACCAGGCUACCACGUCGGAGCAGAACCGAGCGAAGGUGACGGAGGGAUUCGACCCCAACGAAGACUCGCUGUCCAAUCUGAUUGACCUGAACACGGAACCCGCCGUCGAGGACCUCAUGAGACAGAUCAUGUCCGAAGCGAAACUCUGGGAGGCCAUUCAGGAAGCCAAUCGGGAAAUCUACCUGCAGAAACAGGGACAGAAGUCGGAAUCGAACUCGUUUCCAAUUUCGUUCAGCACGCAGUAAAAGGGGGUUGUUUGUCGGGGUUUUAGAUUAGGGUACGGUUUAACGUAGCUCACAGGCGCAAAAACUUAAUAAUAUACUCCUUUGAUUGAAACUCGCUCGCAUUGAGAGAAUGGAAACGGUUGCUGUCCAGAAUCACUCUUGCUCCAAUGAAAUUCCUGUUGCCAAAGAUUACCGCAGUUAUCAUGUGUCUAUUUUUCGCUUAAGAAUUAUGGAACAGUUUUAGGAUUAAGGUCAAUGUAAAUAAUGCUAAAAGAGAGGUGAAGUUUUACAAAUUUCCACUUGAGAUUGUUGCAAUAAAUUUCGAAUAUUAACAGUGUAA